AUGUACGACGCGCCGCCCUACGCCGCGACGACGCUGGUCGUGUGUCCGCGCUUCGGCCUCCCAUCGCACCUCGGCCCAGGCGUGCUCUUCGCUGCGAACGUGCACGUUCCCCACGUACCCCCGGGCACGCGGAAGCUCGUCCUCCGCGUGAGCUGUGACGACGCCCUGUCCCACCCAGGCGCAUAUGGCGCGUUCCACGGCGUCGAUCUCGGGCCGUGGGUCGCGCGCGUGGUCAUCGCGUUUGACGGCCGCUCGCGGGCCACGGAGCCAGAGUAUCCCCGCGCGCGCACGCUGUGCAUGGCGGCAAGCGUCGCUGCGCUCGUUAUCUCGUCCCGCGCUCGCUUCACCUUGCUUGAUGUAGGCACGUGGGACAGCGUGUGGAUGUGGCCUUGGCCCCGGGACGUUGUGUUCGACGACGACGCGCCGGACCUUGCGGCGCUCUUCCGCGCUACGUUUGUCCAGACGGCCGAGAGGGAGUUUGCGCUUGACAAUGGGGACAUCGAGCGCGCUUGGAGCCGCGUCGAGUUUGCUUCGCGGGACGAGUACCGCCGCGAGAUUGGGGAGGAGACUUGGGUUGACGAGUGGUGGGACCUCGGGCCGGUCGAGACUGGUCAGCUGUAA